AAACAGACCCUCGUACCCUGUGUGUGUGUAUAUGUGUGUAUGCACCACACUCUUUUGACACACCUUCCCUUCACCAAAACCGCACUUUAUUCCAUUGCAUUUUCCAUUUCUUGGCUUUGGCUCGAGCGCUUCUCUGCCCUGAAAGCAACUUUCUCUCCUCUUUUGGUUUCUCCUUCUUUUCUUCUCUUCAGCUGGGCUCUUCAUUGUGAGAGCUGCCAAAGUCCUUCUCAUUUCCCUGCGGCUCGUGUUUUCAGCGAAACAGAAACGGGCCACUGUUGCUGAGGAGUUUUGGCUGGGCUCGUUUUGUUGUGUGUUUUUUCAGGUCUAGCGAACCUCUGGAAAACAGACACCAGCGCGUCAUUGCUCUUUCAUAGCUCCGCAAGUCCCAUUCAGAAGCUUGGGGUCGGAACUUGGACACAGAGAGACAGGAGCAUACACCACAGACAGCGACUGGGAACUGGAACAUACAGGAAACACACUGGAACUUCAAUCACAGAAAUCAGAACUAUAUCUGAUAUAUCUAAACAGAAUUUUAAAUAAAAAAUGGUAUAUAUAAACUCAGAAUUAUGAGACAUACACUCGUAAUUAUAUCUUUGAAUGUAAACUGAAUUAUACACUCAUGCACUCUUAGAAAUAAAGGUGCAAAAGCUGUCACUGGGGCAGUGCCUUUUUAAAUUUGAACCUAUUAGGUUCAAUGUAAACUUUAAGUACUAAUAUUUACCUUUAAUGUACCAAAAUGCACCCUUAAGGUACAAAUACAUACCUUUUGAAAAGGUACCGCCCCGGUGACAGCUUUUGCACCUUUAUUUCUAAGAGUGUAUAUAAACUCAGAAUUAUGAGAUAUAAACUAUAUAAAAAGAGAGAAAAAAAAGAGUACUGAGUUUGUAUCUUGCAAUUCUUCUCAUAAUUUUAUGUUGCAGGUCUGAGUGUAUAUCUCUAAAAUUUGUUUUGCAGUUUUUCUCAAAAUUCUGAGUAAUAAUCUUAGAAUUCUAAUAUAAAAGUAGCAUUUUAAAAAAAAAUCCCAGAAAUAUACUUUUAUAGACUGCCUUUACAGAAAUGAUCGAGACAUGAAAGAGAUCUGAUCAGUGAUUUAUUUCUGAUGUGGAUGUAACAGUGUUGGGUUUAGUCUGUGAUACCUUUGUAGGGAUGUUGGUUUGAGUGAGUGAAUGAACCCUGCUGUGGUCACUGGACUAAAUAAACAGAUCUGCUGCCCAGCCUCCUCUCCGUCUCUCUCAAGUCCCCAGGGAGACUUGAGCUUUAGCUCCAUCCCUUUCUCUCUCCAGCAGCUGUACGAGCGAUCGCUACAAAACCAGAGAUCACAGACGAAGAGAGACAGACAGAGAGAACUACGCAAGAACGCAGGCUUUUCCUAGACAUGCUUUUGCUCUGAUGUCCGGGCAUCUGCUGAAGAGUCUGAACGCGUCCUGCUCUGGAAGAAGACAGCAUGAAGAGUUUCAGCCGGUCCCUACUGACUGCCAUGACAACAGAUCCUAAGGUCUGGUUCCUCGAGAACGAUCAUAUAAUGGUGACUAAGACAAGAGAAGAAGGCACGAUCCCAUGUCUGGUGACCAAUCCACUGAUAAACGUCACGCUGUAUGAGAAAGACACGGAGGUAAUGGUGGAGGGUUCAUAUAACCCCAUCGUAGGUUUCACCGCCGCUCUGGAGGACAGAAACUACAAAUGUAAAGGAGAGCUGAACGGAGAGGAGAAAGAGUCCAUUGGCUUCUACGUCUUCAGUAUAGUUGCUUCCAAGGCUCUGGAUACCUACAUCAGCGCUUCCAAAACAGUCCUGAAGCAGGGCGAGAUGCUAAACGUCAACUGCACUGUUCACGGUGCAGAGCUCGUCUAUUUCUCCUGGGACUUUCCCCACAAAGACGAACUCAACCGUCUACUGUAUGGACACUCUGGUGCAGUUAACAAGCCGACCCUAAACCGGGCCCCUCAGUGCCUCUCCCCAUUUAAGAGAAAGGCUUCGUGGCUCUUUCUUCACAUCUGGACAGGAAUAUCUCAGCGCAGCUCGGAGAGAACGUGGAGCUGAAAGUGGAGGUGGAGGCGUAUCCCAAACCCAGCAUCCAGUGGAGUAAAGACGGCGCCGCCAUCAGAGGACACAGCACCAGACAGGAACAGGAGACCCGGUUUAUCAGCACACUGACCCUGGUCAGGAUCCGGCUGGAGCAGAUGGGUCUCUACACCGUCACUGUCCAAAACCAAGAUGACUCUAAAGAGAUCACCUUUGACCUGGAGGUGAAAGGGGAUCACAGAGAGAAUCAGACAACUUAAGAUCCGAUCAAAUCACUGAAACUUGAGGAGCUGAAUUCCAAAGAGGCUCAGGAUCGGACAACAACGUCAAAUGAAAACUUAUUGAUAAUCAUAACUCAGGAAGGAGGUUGUCAAAUUUACGGCAAGUAUUCAAGAUUAACGGGCAAAGACAAAGCACAUCACCAGCAUCAUGCAUGGCUACAAUUAUUAAAGAUUGUUGGAUUGAUCUUCGUCUCCCCUCUCAAGACUCGGAUCAUUGAAAAAAUUUAUGAUGAUAUACAUGCACAAAAUCAUCUUAAAGGGACUUCUGAUCAAAUACCCCCUGAUAUGGACAACAGCAUAUUAUAUACCACACAUUUUACUGCCAUGUGCUAACCACUCAUUGUGUAUGUAUUUUAAAUAACUAUGGAAUGCUUAAUAGUUUAAUAUCCAUGCUUGGUAGGAAUGUAAUCGAAUAUCCUGCUUGUAAUUUUUCUUCUAAUCAAUUCUCAUGUACCAUAUUCGUGUUAUACAAUUUAAAUAUUAUACUCUGCAGGAACGGGAAAGUUUGGACCAUGUGACUGAUAAGAUAACAUUUACGAUUUAUGAUUUUUGGGAGGAGGAACAUUGCAACCCCUGAGCUCCAGGUCAUUGACACAAUCUUCGUUGUAAAUUUUUUGCAGGAAUGAAUUGUUUUCACUGAACUUUUAAAGUCUCUCAGCGACCGAUCGCAGAGGUGCGGAUAUAUCUGUGGCAGCUCAGCUAUACAUAUUAAUGGUGCUUAUAUAAAUGUCUAAUUCCUACAGUACUACAGAAAAAGAGGUUUCUUAUUGAUAAAUUUUGAACAAUGAAUAUGAAACUUGACAAGUAUAAUCAAGAGAUUGAUAAUGUAAGCCUCAUUUUCAAACUUCUUGUCAUAGCUCAAUAAAACAAAUAUUACAUGUUCAUAUAAUAAAAGAAAUAAAUCUGGAAA